AUGGCGGCCGGGCCUCCCCCGCCGCUGGAGCCCAGCCCGCUGCCGGUGUUCAGCGAGGAGGGCUUCGGGGACAAGUUCCUGCGCAAGACCCGCGAGAACCCCCUGGUGCCCCUCGGCUGCCUCUGCACUGUCGGCGUCCUGACCUACGGACUGAUCAGCUUCAAGAGAGGCAACACCCGUCGGUCUCAGCUGAUGAUGCGGGCACGUAUCCUGGCCCAGGGCUUCACCUUCGCGGCCCUCCUGGGAGGCAUGGUGGUCACAGCCGUGAAAUCUAGAAAGUGAAAUCAGGCAAGAGAGAAGCUGCGGGCAUGCGCCCACCGGCCCGUGCCCCAGCUGGCAGGGUGGAUUCUGGCUGCAGAUGGAGUUUUCUGAGAGACAGUUGUGAUGUCUUGGUGGAGCCAGUGUCAGAGAGGCUCUGUGUUCCGGAGCACUGGAAACGCGGCUAAUACACCUCUGUGAUUAACCUGAAAUUUGGGCCGUGGCAUUUUUUUGAUUCCCUGAGAGCUUAUUCUCCUGCAAUGCUGGAGGCUGCGUCUCGCUAAGGCUCUCCACCCCCGUCAGACCUCUUGUCCCUGCUUAGUGCUGUCACAGCCUGUUAAAAUUGUGUCCUGUGGGUUGUGGUCUGCACUGAGGUGUGGCUUAAGUCAGGCGGUGCACCAACAUUUGAGAAAUGAGCUGCUUGGGUAGGAAGGAGCAGCUCUGUUUAUGGUUUCAUCCUGGCAGGACAGAGUUCAUAAGCAGUGGGUGAGUUGUUUGGGGAGAAUAUGUAAUAUGUUCAGUUGCAACCGGUGAGUAAUAAAGUGAAUUGC